AUGGGCGACGAGGGCUGCGACGACGCGAGGGCGUCGCUGCUGUCGCACGAGAGCGAGCCGGAGUGGGCGCAAGUGGCGGGCAUGGCGAGCGACCUCGUCGUCACCAUCGGCCAGCGCGCCUUCCACGUGCUCCAGUACCCGCUCUUCUCCCUGUCAACGGUGAUAGCGAGCGCGGCAGCAGCAGCGGACGAGGGCACGGGCCCCACGCAAGCGGACCUCUCGUUCCUCCCUGGUGGCGCGCUCUCCUUCGUCCCCAUCGCCUGCUACUGCUACGCCCGCCCCUGCCGCCUCUCGCCCCACUCCAUGCUGCUCGUGCGCUCUGCAGCAUCGCUGCUGGAGAUGAACGCGUGUAGGUCCAUCCACACACUGCCACUGUUUCUGAGGCUCUGUAAACCUCCCUUUCCCCCGCUCUCCCCCCUUCCCCCCUCUCCCCUCUCCCCCCUUCCCCCUAUCCCCCCUUCCCCCGCUCCCCCCUUCCCCCUCUUCCCCCUUCCCCGUCUCCCCCCUUCGCCUCCUCCCGCUGGCAGCAUCGCUGCUGGAGAUGAGCGCGUGUGGGUCCAGCCACGCACUGCCACUGCCUCAGCUGGCAACGCAGCGCCUGCAGCACCUCCUGCUGCACUGCCCGCCCUGCCUGCAUGUGCUCUCGUCUCCUUACUCGUGUGGACUGAUGACAACUCCUCACCUCCUCUUGCAUGCACGCCCGCACAUUCCUUGCUCACCUUUUCACCAUUGCCUUCACUCUCCCCCACCCACUGCCUGCCACCCACCGUCUCCCAUCUGCCACCACGGCCGGGCCAGCAGUCUCCAUGCCCCGCCACUCCUUCCCUGAAUGCUCUUCCUAACUCCCAAACACGCCUCCAUUGCUCUCUGUCGCUUUCUCCCCUCCCUCUCCCACCUUCCCCUCAACACACCACAAUCAAGCCCUGCAGCAUCUCGCUCGUCUCCUCCCCCGACCCCGCCACCCUGCCUCUCUCCACCCACCUGCUCUUCCACCUGCUCUCACACGCCUGCCUCUGCGCCAUGCUACGCUCCUCCCUGCUCUUCCACUUCCAAGCUGCCACACACCGCCCCACUCCGCCCCACUCAGGAUGUUGGGGUGGUGCAGCAUCUGUUUCCCCUCCCACUCCCCCAUGUCCAUGUGAGCGCAUGCUGCCUCUCUCCCAUGCCGUGCCACGCCAUGCCUCGCGCCGCUCCUCCCGUCUCUUCCUCUACCAACCUGUUCCACAGCCGUGA